AUGCAUAAACUACAGGUCUACACAAUCAAGGGAUCAUUGUUAGAUACCAUAGAAUGUAAUACGGGUAAUACAGUUGUUGAAUUAGUUAAAGAUGCACUGGCAAAAAAGAAAAUCAAGAUUGAAGAAGCUCGAUGCUUGCAUCAGAUGGGUAAAGACGGAAAAUGGUUCAAAAUUAAAUGGAAGGCGAAGGUCCCUAAUGUACCAACUGUUUUUAAAGUUACAAAGGACCCAUUAAAGGUAAGAAAAUUAAUAUUUAUAUUUUUUUGUGUUUAGAUGAGAUUGAAACAUCGGAUUCGAGUAGUCGACUUUCAAGGAGAACAAGUUGGUUUGAUUCCCACGAAAUCAGGUCGAAUUGUGAAGAAUAUUGUGAGUGAAGUUGCUUCUGUGUUAGAGUUGGAGGUGGAAAAAGUUAUGAAUGUUGAAGUGUUGAAGGACAAGAAAUUCAAGAAGGCUCCAAUGAAUGGAAACAUUGAAUAUCGCGAUAUUGUUGUUGUUACUGUUGAUGAAAAGGAUAGGGUAAGUAGAUUUGGUUUUAUAUUUAGAUUUAGUUAGUAAAUAGUAAGAUCUUAUUUAAAAUUUUCUUUUAGGAGCGUAUCAGACUCGAAGAUGGAGAACCGAUUCUUCCGCGAUGUUUGACGAUAUUAAGAUUGGAGGACCUGUUACGAAGUUAUAAACAUGUCAGUUUAAAUUUUUUGAUUUUAGGGAUUUGAUGAUAUUUAGGAUUUAGAAAGGUUUAUUUUUAACAUUGUGUUCUGUCAAUUAAUGAUUAAACAAAUAAAUAAAUGCCAUUUUCAGCCAUCAAAAGGCAAAGAACCACGAGGAAAGUCGAUUGAUGUGGAAGAAUUUAUCGAAAAAUUAAAAGGCGGUUACAGUGUGACAGAAGACGAAAAAUAUUUGAUCUCAAGAAGUGUAGUAGACCCUUUAUAUGAUCAUUGUUUGACCAGGGGAAGACCGUGGCGUAAUGAAUGUCGACUUUACUUGAACAACCUCUUUGAACCUUAUCCUCAACUUCACGUGGUAGGUGGAACUUUUUUUAUUAUUUCAAUAGGAUAGUUGAGACUAGGCUUUCAUUUUGCUUUGGUAGCUUUAUCUUGGUCAAAAAGUGCGUAGAAUUAUAUUUUAUUUGCUUUUUAAUGCUGUCUUGUUCUAGCUAGUGUUUGGCCUUUUAUAGUAAUGUUUUGUGGCAUUUUGUAAAUAAUGUGAUGGGUUUUAGGUAGGAUAGGUUAAUUAAAGAAUGGCAGCAAAAGAGAAACAUCAAAGAAAAGCGUGUUUGUUAAAGCUUAGUUUUAUAAACUUUUGGGCUAAACUUGUAAUGGACAUCUGUCUAAAAUUUUAAAUUUUUUCAACAUUUUGUUAAUAGUGUUAUUCUUGUUUUUUAAUAUUUUUUUUAUAUUAUGCAUUCUUAAAUUAACAAAUGUAAAAAUUGAAAGAUUUUAAUUAAAUUACAUAGUAUACACAACGUGGCCAAAAACGUUAUAAAGUAGCGAUUUUUUCAGCAAGACUUUGUAUCUGCCAAUCGAAAUAAUCAAAUGGAUUUGAUUAUUUCAAAUUGCCGGAUUCGACAAAGGCAACGUAAACAUAAAAUGCUGAAAUACUUGGCUAGUCUACAAUUAAAAUAAUAUGAUUAAGUACUUGGUUAGACUUUAAGUAAAGAAACGUACUGAAAAAGCCUGUUUUUAAAAUCAUUUUUUAUUCUUCUAAUAUUUACACAUUUCUACUUUGAGAAGAAAGUAGCUAGAAAAGGCUAAGAAGACAAAAAAUGAUAUUCUACGCAUUUUUGACCAAAAGUCAAAAAUGAUAUUUGGAUUUUUUGGCAACUAUGAUGUGCGUCUACUAUAUUAUGGCUAGUUAAGGCUUUACUUUUAUAGGUGGACUAUGUAACAUCGUGUGAUCAUAACGUAGAAGUAGGAGUGUUUGAAGGCGUCAUUUCUAAUUGGGUUAACCGAAUCAAACGUUUGCGUAAACGAAAUAUGAAAAAUUCAUAAUGCAACUGUUGUAAUUACAUUGUAAAUUCAGUAUAACGAAAAUCUCGUAUAACGAACAACUUUUUAAUUAUCGGCUAUUGUUACGCAGUUUGUUUAAAACUCUUGUAUAUUUUAUAAUUCACGAGCCAUUUGUUGUCAGAAGUUUCACAAAAUUUUAUAAAGUUUGUCAUGGACUUUUAUAAAUUUUGUAGUUUUCUAAAAACCAGAAGAGCAAUAGUGUCAUUUAUUGAAUUCUUCGUACUUUUAACCUACGUCUUUUUGUAUUUAAAAUUUAAAAACCUUAACAAGGGUAAUGAACUUUUUUAAUAGGUUUGAUAGGCCUGCAAGAGGGCAACUAGUCCGGGCACCUUUACACGUCCAUACCUAAACAUUUGGUUUAUUUUUUGCAUGUUUUCAGGAUGAAUUUGUGUCUUCAAAAGAUUGUUUUGUCGAUUGGGAUCCAUUUGACAAAGUUCUAGGUAACCGGCAGUAUGCGGCAAAGAUUUCUAAAAAACGAAAAAUGAAAUGGAGCUUGGGGUUGAACUAGAAAGGGAAUACAAGUUACUUUAAGAUUGUUGUUUUAUUGAAAUAAAGUUGUUGAUUCUGUAAUUCUUUUAAUAACUUCCAUUAAUCGAAGAAGCGGGAAGAUAGAAAAAUUAAAAAUAAUAAAAACUAUUUUUAAAUAUAAAAUUUUAGACAGACUUUGUGUCGUCUUCCAAUUCCAAAAUAGAAUCCGGAGUUUUUGAAGAUGUUGUAACAAACAAACGGUUUUUGUUACUUCAGUUUUGUCGGCGGAACCGAGGCGUACUGAUCAAUGCACUACCUAGAAGCCAAAAACGAUAG